UCUUUCCAGUUUCCCUGGAAUUGCUGAGCGAGUAGUAAUGGCGCUACUCUCUAGUCUUUGCAUUCCUUCAACGACGCACCUCUCUACGCACAACCAUUCUUUCUCAUCAUUCUCCAACAUUCACAACCAUUCCAUCGCCACCAUCAAUCCAUUCUCUUCCUUUCAAUCCCUGCAAUUAUCACUUCCUCAUCACACCCCAACACUCCUCACAACCAAACAAAACCCUAAUUUCACUCUCAGAUUUUCCCAACAGGCUCAGGCUGAGGCUGAAGCAGCACCUAGUGUCUCCACCGACGAACAUGCAGAGCAAGAGGUUUCCCAGACGAGGUUGCUCGCCCAGAACGUGCCAUGGACAAGCACCCCUGAAGACAUUCGUUCUUUGUUCGAGAGAUAUGGAAAAGUGCUCCAAGUUGAGCUCUCAAUGUAUAACAAGACGAAGAACAGGGGUUUGGCAUUUGUGGAAAUGAGUUCACCAGAAGAGGCUCGUGCCGCUCUCCAGAAUCUCGAAUCGUAUGAGUUUGAUGGCCGGAUAUUAAAACUCAAUUACGCUCAUAUAAAAAAGAAGAAAACUCCACCACCCGUGAAACCAAAGCCUGUGACAUUUAACUUGUUUGUUGCAAACUUGCACUAUGAAGCAAGGUCUAAAGAUCUCAAGGAAUUUUUUGAUGAUGGAAGUGGUAGCGUUGUUUCUGCAGCAGUUAUAUUUCAUGAUAACCCUAGAAGGUCAUCUGGCUAUGGUUUUGUGGCCUUCAAAUCCAAGAAACAAGCUGAUUCAGCACUUAAUGAGUUCCAAGGAAAGAUCUUUAUGGGAAGACCAAUCAGGGUAGCUCGUGGUAGGCAAUUUGUUAAAGAACGAGCAAAGGAGGGUGAAACAUCUGAAGAUACGGCUUCUGAGUUGAAUGGUGAAGAAGCUGACAAGGCUGAUUGAUACCAUGGUUUCCCUGCUAGAUAUCAAUAUUGUGAGUGCUGACUAGAGGUUCAAGGGAUACAAGAAACCAAGAGGUGUAAACAUAUUCAAGAGUGGAUUGUCAUCGUAAAUGAACGAGUCAUUUGCAUCUCUGUCGAAUCAAGAUAUCUUCAUUGCCUGAUGUAAACAUUUGUUGGAAUGCUAAUAUACCUUCAAACAGCAACAAACAUAUCAAUAUUAGUGAUACAUUUUGCAAUGCAUCCAUUCUUUUGGUUAUGAAUGCGGUCUAUGUAAACAUUUCUUCUGUAACAUUUGGGGAGACUCAGAGGAAGACUAUUUAAAGAAGGGGAAGACAAAAAC